CAGGUGAUCUACUGCUGAGGCGGUUACCGCCCCCUACACCAGCGGAAAACGCGGAAUGGCCCUCGGGGGCAGUGAGGGGCCGGAGACCCGCCUCAUCCGUGCCCCCCAGCCUGCAGGCUGCAGCGCCGCGCCGGGUCCGCGUGCAGCCCCCUCCCGUCCCUCAGCUGGGGUCCCGGCGUAAGCCCCACUCCCCGCGCCCACAUGGGGCUGUGCUACAGCCUCCGGCCGCUGCUCUUCGGAGACCCAGAGCCGCCCUUGGAGGGGGCGCGGUCCGGCCCAGACCAGACCCCGGACCCGGACCUGAACCCGGUCACGACCCCGGUCCGGACCCCGGCGGUGGCAGGCGCGGCACGGGCCCCCGCGCAGAAAGAGAGGCGGCGGCGCGCGGACCAGCAGCGCGCGGAGGAACGCGAGGCCAAGCGGGUCAGCAGGAGCAUCGACCGCCGGCUCCGCGAGCAGAAGCGCGACCUGCGGCGGACUCACCGGCUGCUGCUGCUCGGGGCUGGUGAGUCUGGGAAAAGCACUAUCGUCAAACAAAUGAGGAUCCUGCACGUCAAUGGAUUUAAUCCCGAGGAGAAGAAACAGAAAAUUCUGGACAUCCGGAAAAACGUUAAGGAUGCUAUUGUGACAAUUGUUUCGGCGAUGAGUACUAUAAUUCCCCCAGUUCCACUGGCCAACCCAGAAAACCAGUUUCGAUCAGACUAUAUCAAGAGCAUAGCCCCCAUCACUGACUUUGAAUAUUCCCAGGAAUUCUUCGAUCACGUGAAGAAGCUCUGGGAUGACGAAGGUGUGAAGGCCUGCUUCGAGAGGUCCAACGAGUACCAGCUCAUCGACUGCGCCCAAUACUUCCUGGAGAGAAUUGACAGCGUCAGCCUGGUGGACUACACACCCACGGACCAGGACCUCCUCAGGUGCAGAGUUCUGACAUCAGGGAUUUUCGAGACACGAUUCCAAGUGGACAAAGUCAACUUCCACAUGUUUGACGUCGGAGGCCAGAGGGACGAGAGAAGAAAAUGGAUCCAGUGCUUCAACGACGUCACCGCCAUCAUCUACGUGGCCGCCUGCAGCAGCUACAACAUGGUGAUCCGGGAAGAUAACAAUACCAACCGCCUACGGGAGUCCCUGGACCUUUUCGAGAGCAUCUGGAACAACAGGUGGUUACGGACCAUUUCCAUCAUCUUGUUCUUGAACAAACAGGAUAUGCUGGCAGAAAAAGUCUUGGCAGGGAAAUCAAAAAUUGAAGACUAUUUCCCAGAGUAUGCAAAUUAUACUGUUCCUGAAGACGCAACACCAGAUGCAGGAGAAGAUCCCAAAGUCACAAGAGCUAAGUUCUUCAUCCGGGAUCUGUUCUUGCGCAUCAGCACGGCCACGGGCGACGGCAAGCACUACUGCUACCCGCACUUCACGUGUGCCGUGGACACAGAGAACAUCCGCCGCGUCUUCAACGACUGCAGGGACAUCAUCCAGCGGAUGCACCUCAAGCAGUAUGAGCUCCUGUGAGCCCCCCAACCCCGCCCCACGUCCCAGGGCCGCCCAGCACAGAGCAGCGAGUCCCCGUCCAUUGUGCGGGCUCUCAUGACCGCCGGGCCCCCGGCCACCUCUGCCCCUGCCUCCCCGCCCCGGUCUGUGUGGGGGUGAGGGGGCCCCGACUCAUGGAGAACUUGGCAGAUGGGGAGACGCAGUGGCCCAAGCGUGACAGGGUGUCGCCCUUCUGACCCCAUGGGCCCACGACUCAGAGGAGCCCCCAAGCCGCUGUGGGGACAGAACCCCCUUCAGUCCUGUCUCCAGGGGCGGCUGGCCUCAGCCUCUGUGUCAGAGCCCCUCUGACCGUCCACACAUCAGCAGAAACCCCCCCCUCGCUCUGGCCACAUGUGUCCCGUCCACGAUGGUCCCCAGACUCACGCUGCUCAGGCAACGGCCUCCUUUCAUAGGUUCUUUUUGUUGUUUUACUGCUGGUUUAUUACACUGUACAGACCACGAAAUGUAAUAUUAUUUUGUAUAACUACUCAAGGAAAAUCCCUGUAGAUCUCCGUGCCUUGACUAUGGCUGUCCCUGUAAAAGAAACGUGUUUCUGUUGUGCUGAACAGCUGUCAUCAUACUGCCGCUUGCUCUGAGAAAGGGAGUGAAUGGUGUAUAGAGAGUUUAGGGUAUUUUAUCAGGUUGGUACUUUUUAACAAUACUCCUUGAUAAAUAUAUAUAUAUAUAAAUUUAUAUAAAUAUAAAUGAUACACAUUAAUCAUCCACAUUUCAAAAAUGCCACACCCACAUCACAAGCUUCUUUCAGGGAACCAAGGAUGUUUUUUCUCUCCAGAAAACAUGUUUCUCAAUUAUCUGGCAAUCUAAAGACUUUUCCAAGGUCACCCAUUCCCUUAGUCAAAGUUUUUGAACCACUUAUUUGACCACAGGUCUCAUCGUAAACAAAGAGCGAGAAAAAGACAAGGGUUCCAGGUUUGUGUCUGGCCUUGGAGAAUCAAAGGAUAGAACGUGAUUUGCCUUUUGAAGAAGAAACAUUACAAAACCUUUAUUUGAAAUACAAAGUCAAAAUACAUGCCUGUUUCUCAACCUUGCAAGACUUGCAAAUGCAGCCUCAUGAGUUACAUCCAGCUCAAGACCUCGAAAACUGUUCUCAUCUAUCCAUGGCCUUGAGGGCGGUUUUCUCAGGUCAAAGACAAUCUUUUAAAUUGUCCAAGGUUAUAUUUCAACGACACAAAUGCAGAGAUGGGGCAGCCUAGCCUGCGUUACUGCAUUAACUUCCAUUUCAUCUUUUAGUCUUUAAUAUUUUUAAGUUUACUCUAUAAAGCAGCAUCUUAAAAUCCUUUGUAAACUCAUCCACAUUUAAAUACUGCUCUUCCAUGAAAUAAAGGAUGACAACUUUACAGACAAUGCACCAUCACACUUUUUUUUAUUUCAUUAUCAUCGAAUGCCUGUUCCUGUCAUCCUUAUUUCAUAAAACUCAGUUGAACUGAGACAUAUAAAGUGGAAAUGAUUUUCAGUUUCCAUUGCAUUUUCAUAGUAAAACAUGAAAAUCUGAAGAGCUACAGCCCCACACAUACACCCAAAAAAAUGAAGUUGUAUAUUUUUACAUGCAUUAGUAUUCAAUAAUUCCGCUGUAACUAAACUUCCUAUUUAAAAGUCUGAUUGAAGAGCCAGACUCUUAGGGGAAAAAAAACACAAAAAGAAUACAUUUUAUCAGGUUUAAAAUUAUCACGGCAUAUUUAUUUUUAAAUACCAAAAGCCUCUUUCUGGUCCGUUUUUCAAGUUUCUUUUGAUCACUGACAGGCAUUCAAUUCAAAUUUGACAACUUGGUCUGCUGGAGAGAAAAUUACACUCACCUAAAAAUCUGAUUCCAGGGACUUCCCUGGCGGUACAGUGGUCAAGACUCUGUGCUUCCACUGCAGGGGGCACAGGUUUGAUCCCUGGUCAGGGAACUAAGAUCUUGUAUGCUGCGUGGCGCAGCCAAAAAUAAUUAAUUAAUUAAUAAAAAUCUGAUUCCAUUAAUUUAGCACAGAAAUACAAAAGUCUUGAGAACAAUGUAUUCCUGCUCGUAGCAUCUGUAUUUUAUUUUAAGUAUACAGCUUUAUAAAAUAUAAGAACUUGAGAACUACUCAUAGGAGGACAGAAUCAAACCCAGCAUUUGUGAACAGCCAACCCUCCGUCUUGGGGAAGGAAGGCUGUCUAGUGCAUGCAAGUGAUGACAUUCAUAGCUUUUACACACUGUACAGACACAAUCUUUGAUUACACAUAUAUUUGAUAAAACUAGAAGACAGACCUGCUGUAGAGACAAGUCCCAUUUUCGCAGCGUGAGAACAGCACAAUCAACUAUUGAUUCUGCAGGACUCUGCACCAGCAACCCAGAUCCUACGAGCUGUGCCCAUGGCCCACUUUGGUCUCGCCCUCCAUAAGCAGUGCCCGAAGUUCAGUUUCGUUGGGUUCAGGACUUACUACUAAGU